UCCUGUGUGCUCUUCAUUAUUUAUAAGAGGACUAGAGCCUAAGGAAGGUUACAGAGUUUGAAACGCAUUCAUUCUUUAGCGGUUUUGGCUCGUACGGAGCAUUUGGCGAAAUGGGUUCUCUGAUGGCAGGUUGGGAUUCGCCGUUCGUGGAUCCUGAAAGAGUUAAUUAUGAAAGAAACAAGUCCUUCACCAGAGAGGAGAUAGAGACUUUCUGGAAGCAGAGAAAGGCAGAACAUGAAGCAUACUGUAAGGAGGAAAACGAUCACCAGGAACAAGAAACCAUAACUGAUCAGGAAAAUUUAGUAAACGAUCAGGAAAAAAUAGACAAGAAAGAUGACUGGUGGACGAGAAGCAGCUGGGCUUACCUGAAUGAACCUCCAGAGGAUGAUACUAAUUACAGAUCUUUCAAUUACGUGGCCCAGUUUCAUGUUGCAGAGAUGGCAAAUAAAAAGAGCUUGUGUGCUAAUUGAUUUUCAGGAGGAAGAUAGUUUGGUGUAAAUAUGUAUAUAAUGCUGGGGUAUGUAGUAAGAAUAUGUUUCUAGUAUCAAUAAACAUGUAAGCAAGUUUGUUGCGGACAUAAUACUUAAUACAUAUCACGUUCUGUUUCUGUUUUCUUAA